AUGCAGGCCAUUCGCCUCGUCACCAAAGCCGACAACGACAAUGAAGACCCUUCUUCUACCACCGCCUCAGAGGUCAUCCACCUUGCAGUCCACCCAGACCCCGCCUCAGACAUGGGCGUUAUCCUCUGGGACGACAUCACGAACGCCUUCGACGACGUCCUUCAAGUCCGCUUGAACCCCCUCCGCAUUGCUGCAGUUCCUGGCGUCACCUUGGAUGUCGUCAUCAGAGACAAGGCGGAGCUGCCACUGGAGCCAUUGCUCGGUGGUGAAGUUGACGGGUCCACACCCCCGAACUACGACAGUACCAUCACUACCAGCGGACGAAGCUCAGAAACAGUCAAAGACGACAAAUCGCCACCCACCGCCAACAACAACACAUCCCCAACCUCACAGAGUGAAGAGCCUCCUUGCGCACCCCACAAAACCGCUUCCGAUGCUGCCAAGAAUGUUGCAAAGACGAUGAUGAACGCAAGGCUUGGAGACAGCAAAUCCCUGGUUGCCCUCGGUAACAUGUACAGGGACGGUCGAGGAGUUCGUCAGGACUACAAGGCUGCCAUGGAACGGUACGAGAAGGCUGCCAAUGUGAAAUAUGCAGAGGCUCAGUUCAACAUCGGCAAUCUAUAUUACCACGGUCAAGGUGUAACUUGCGACUAUCACACGGCGUUCGAAUGGUAUACCUUGGCAGCCGAACAAGGAUACGCGCGAGGUAUAUACCACGUCGGCAGUCUUUAUUCCUGGGGCCGGGGACUACCAUAUCCGGGGGAUCAAGAUUUUACCAUCGCAGCAAAGUAUUACCUCCAGGCAGCCGAACUAGGUUACGCUCCCGCCCAGUGCAGUCUCGGACAGCUGCAUCAACUUGGUUUUGGUGUGAAGCAAGACUAUUCUCUGGCGAUGGAAUGGUACCUCAUGGCCUCGGACCAAGGACACGCAGACAGUCAGUACAAGGUCGGAUAUCUGUAUCAUCAAGGAUUUGGCGUGGCUCAGGAUCAUUCACAAGCAGUGGAAUGGUACCGAAGGGCUGCUGAGAAAGGGCACGCAACGGCACAGGCUAGUGCUGGUGUCAUGUACCAGCAUGGACAAGGCGUGCCACAGGACGAAGCAUUGGCGCUGAAUUGGUAUCGAAAAGCCGCUGUCCAAGGCAACGCUAACGCUCAGUUCAACCUCGGUCUUACAUAUGAGCACGGCAUGGGCGCCCCUUUGAACAGAGAGGAGGCGGUGAAGUGGUACAAGAAGGCAGCCGACGGAGGAGAUGCUGAUGCCAAAGAGAGACUGGAGGAGUUGGAGCAUCAAGGCGAUGAAGUCGAGAGCAAGAAGUAG